UGGAUUUGUCUUUUUUUGCAUUAGACCUGAUGACACUGAAAGCGGAAAGUCAAGAACUCGGUGAAAAGGAAGAUAAUAUUCAGCAUGAGAAAUAUAAUUUCAUGACUGGAGAAAAAUCAUUUAGUUGCUCACAUACUGAAAAGACACAAAAUAGAGCUCAAAACACAGCGAAUAGAAGUUAUUUCUCCUUCCAACAGUGCGGGAAAAGUUUCACCAGAAAACAAAAUCUUGAAGUCAACAUGGAAGUUCACACUGGAGAAAAGCCUUUCACCUGCCAACAGUGUGGAAAGAGUUUCAUUAAUAAACCAAACCUUAAAAGACACAUGAUAAUUCAUACUGGAGAGAAACCUAAUACAUGUUCUCAAUGUGGAAAAAGUUUUACAUAUAAACAACACCUCACUGACCACAUGAGGAUUCAUACUGGAGAGAGACCUUUCACCUGCCAACAGUGUGGAAAAAGUUUCAAUAGAAAAGGAACCCUUAACAACCACAUGAAACUUCACACUGGAAAGAAACCUAAUACAUGUUCUCAAUGUGGAAAAGGUUUUGCAUUUAAACAAAACCUCAUUGACCACAUGAGGAUUCACUCUGGAGAGAAACCUUUUACCUGCAAACUGUGUGGAAAGAGCUUCAUUCGAAAACCAAUCCUUAAAUACCACAUGAUAAGUCACAGUGGAGAGAAACCUUACACAUGUUCCCAAUGUGGAAAAAGUUUUACAUGUAAACAACAUCUCACUGACCACAAGAGGAUUCAUACUGGAGAGAGACCUUUCACCUGCAAACAAUGUGGAAAAAGUUUCAACAGAAAAGGAUCCCUUAACAACCACAUGAGAGUUCACACUGGAGAGAAACCUAUCACGUUCUAAACGUGGAACCACAAUCCGUUAAUUUUCUUGAGUAAGAUGUAUGAUCACAAUCAACGUAUGAUGUGAUGGGCACUAAUUGUGCAACCAUAUAACUUAGAGAUCCGUUAGAAGAAAGGAUCUGAGAAUGUAGUGGCUGAUGUGUCGCGAUUUUGUGUGUCGCGGGUUUAGGUCUAUAUAUUUUCAGAAUCAGUUUAUCCCAGACGAGCCCCCAAUUUAUGUUACAACCCUGUUUAGGGACCAACAUAAGAAAGUCAUUCUGCAAGGCAACAAACACCACAUUGGCCGGGGCAAAAAGUCAAAGUUUUAUUAUACAGGUGAAUUAAUAUAAAAAAUAAGAAAACAACAAAAAGUGUAUUUAAACAAAUAAAUGCUAAAUAAGGACUGGUGAGCUAACUAAUUUAAACUACCACUAACUCAAGCAUCAAAAAAACUACCUAUCUCUCGAGGAAGAAAUAAAACACAGCAAAAGUCUUCCGGGUCAGCUCACUUGCCCAUGCUUUCUAUGUACUCUGUGGUAACUAAACAGGCAAUCACUCGCCAUCCUUAAACAAAAGAGAAUAAGGAGAAAUAAGACUAAAAGCAAACACAAAACAGAGAUCCCGGACGAGCCCCCAUUUAUGUUACGAACCCCGUUUUUAAAGUGCUCGUUAUAAGGGGUAAGCAACAUAAAGACACGCAAUGUCAAGAUAGCAAUUUGAAAUUGUUUAUUAUUGGAUCAAAACUCACGUAUCAGCAGGCAACUGAUCAAGGACAGAGAUAGACAGACAUAGAUUAACGCAACAUAGAACCAAACAACAUUCAAACACAGCUGAGCAGCAGCUGGCAGAAACAUCAUGAUGCUCACAGGACUCCUCGUCAAUCAUCUCAAGUCCUUCUCCCCCAGUGUACGUCAAGCUCUUCACAGAGCUAAAACACAGGAUCACAACGAUCACGCUGCUGUGGAAAACCAAUGCAUCCAUCAAGUUACGCGCUCUUCUCUCUUUACUCUGAUGUUAUAUAGGCUAUCCAGCCUAGAUACUAAACUGGCUGCAGGUGCGCAGGGCGGAGCCUAUUAAGAAAGAGAGAACUGGAUCAAUGAAAGAGAUACAAAUAAACAACUAAAUAACUCUGGCUGUAACAAUAUAUUUGUUAUGUAUGAUGCUAUUAUUCACUGAGGUUUGGUUCAUUUUUGUGAGAUGACAAAAGCACAUAUUGUAUGGUUUUUUUUGUUGUUUGUUUUUUAAAUGUAUUUUAUUUUACAAACGCAAAAUUGCACUCAAAUAAAAGUAGAUCCUUUACUGUAUUGAAUUAUGUAUUAGUCUUAUCUGUAUGAGCAAAAAUGAUGGUGUAUUUUAAAGUGUUUCCAACGUAAUAAAAAAAAAAGAAGCACGUGAUCCUGCUGGCACCUCCA